ACACACACACACAUGGAGAGAUACGCAUUCGAACUAAUCUCUCAUGUAAACUCUUAGCAUAUAUGAUAAUGUAAAAAUGGUAUAAAUUUUCAGUUCAUAUGAGGUAAUAAUAUGCAUAUGCAUAACAUGGUGGAAUCGUUGUAUACCUCAACUGAUUGUUUCAUAAUUGUUUGCUUUAAACUAAUGUCAACAUGACAAAUGCCUCAGUCAUCGUUGACUGACACUGAACAGUUGGAGUUUCCUUGUUCACACUGAACUUUUGUAACAUUGAAGGAAGCAUGAAUGAAUCAUAAUGGAAUGACUGGUUAAUUCAUUUAUUUCCAUUACAAAUAACAAUGAAUUAUUCAUUGAAUUUAUUCAUUCAAUUAAUUCUCAUUUCACAAUGGAUUUACUAUUCAUUGAGUCAAUUGAAUUAUUGCUUGAAAUCUAUUGGAUGUCAACAUGAUGAGUGCUGCUAUAAUAUUGUACCAAAAACUGGUCCUGUUUGUGAUCCAAUACCUGGAUGUGCUGCUUAUUUUCGACCGGAAUGCUGUAGAAAUGCUAGACCAUUACAUACAGAUUAUGGAAUUAUGUAUGGUUAUGCAAUUUCAUUGGAUAAUGAAUAUGGUUAUCAAGAGAAUGCAAGGAGAUAUAUUCAAAUCUGGAAGGGUGUACCUUAUGCACGUCCACCAACACGAGAGAAUAAUUUAAGAUUUCGUCGACCUGUUCCACCAACACUUUCUACGCAGAAAUAUGAUGCCACAUACUUUCGACCAGCUUGUUCUCAACCUAGUUUAAGUUCACAAAGCUCAUUUAUGGAAUGGUCAAAAUAUCCACAUGAAUGGGUUAAAAGGUUUUCAUUUCAACAAACAGAUGAAGAAGUCUCAAAUAUCAGUGAAGAUUGCCUUUACUUGAAUGUAUACAACUUAAAAGAAGUAGACACAUCAAUUACAAGUAACUUUAAUGACAAUCAGAAAAGAUAUCCAAUAAUUGUAUUUCUUGAUGGUGUAGAUCAUUUAGCUGGGUCAGCAAAUCGUUAUCCUGGACAUGCACUAGCACAGCUGGGAUUAGUUGUAUUCACAGUCAACUAUCGUCUAGGUCCUUUCGGUUAUCUUGCCACGAAAAUUCCGAGCUUACAAGAAGGAAACGAUGAGGAUAAUGAUGACAUGUUAUUGGGGAAUUAUGGACUGUGGGAUCAGAUAAGAGCUUUGGAGUUUAUAAAAGAAAAUGCAGACAAAUUUUUUGGUGAUCCUAAUCAAAUUACCCUUAUUGGUCAUGGUUCAGCUGCAGCUGAUGUUGCGCUUCAUUUGCUAUCUGAAAAAUCGGGUCGUAGAAGUCCACCAUUAUUUCAUCGUGCUGUUCUAAUGUCUGGAUCAGAUCAAAUGGAAGGAGGUUUUGUACAAAGUGUGGAGGAAUCAGAGGCAUAUGCUAAACAGUUUGCUUAUCAGGUUGGUUGUGAUGUUACAUCAUCAAAACGUUCAAUGAUUGAUUGUCUACGAUCUCGUACAGCUAUAGAACUAUCAAAUGCGGCGAGUCAAACAAGAAUUCAUAGACCUAAUUGGCUGACAAAACCAUGGGCGCCAACUUUGGAUUAUGAUUUUAUUCAAGACACACCAAAUUAUCUGUGGAAUAAUGGUCUUUAUACUCAUAUACCGGUUAUAGGUGGUUUGGCUGUGGAUGAUGGUGCUUUUCAUGCGUUAGCCUCAAUCUACCAACUGGGAACUACAUCAAAUUGGCAUUUAAUAAAUAAAACGAAAGGUGUUCAUACUAACUCUCAGUUACCCGAUCCAAAUACUGAAUUUUCUGGGAUGUCAAUUGAUCUAAUGCGUGCAGGUUUCAUGGAGAUGGUUAAACGUGAUUUUGCUCUGUUUUUCGCAAUUGUGUCUAUCUUCUUUAUUCUUCUAUCAACAAUCGGUCUUACGCUAAACACAAUGCCAGAAAUGCAAAUGAACACAACUAUGAAACAUGCCACGAAUAACAAAUCAAGUGAAGAUAACUAUUCUAUGACUAGUGAUCAAGAGGCCAGUUCUUUUGAUGAUGAACAACAUCCUUCAAAUGAAUUAAUAGAUAAUCCUAUCUUAGAUAUCGUUGAAACUAUAUGCAUAUCAUGGUUCACAUUGGAGUAUGUUCUACGUUUAUGGUGUUCACCGGAUAAAUUAAAAUUUCUUAAACGUAUUCUAAAUAUUAUUGAUUUGAUCGCUAUUCUUCCCUUCUAUAUACAUGUAUUACUUAUUGAAGUUGUAACACGACAUCAUAAUGAAUCAUUACAUUCCUUGAGAAAGAUUGUUCAAGUAUUUCGUAUUCUACGUAUUCUACGUAUAUUUAAACUUGCUAGACAUUCAACUGGUCUACAGGCACUCGGUUAUACAUUUAAACGUUCCUAUAAAGAAUUGGGUCUACUUAUGCUGUUAAUUGCUUUAGGAGUUGUAUUAUUUUCAAGUUUAGUAUAUUUUGUUGAAAAGGAUGAAAAUUCUGAAAUGUUUCGAAGUAUACCAGCUGCAUUCUGGUGGGCUACAAUUACAAUGACAACAGUUGGCUAUGGAGAUAUGCUGCCAAGAACAGUUCUAGGCAAAUUAAUUGGUGCCUGUUGUUGUAUUUGUGGAGUACUAGUGGUUGCACUUCCAAUACCAAUAAUUGUGAAUAAUUUUGCAGAUUUUUAUAAAGAGCAUGUUAGACGUGAAAAAGUUUUAAAGCGUAGAGAUGAACUGGAAAGAUUCCAUCAUACGGAGAAUUUAUUCAUCAGUCAACCUGGUACAAGUGCCUUUUUUGACAAAAUAAAUCGUGAUGAUGAUAAAAAUCAUGUUAAUAUGAUCAAUAAACUUGUAUAAAAGAAUAAUAACAUAUGUAGUUCAGUCAGUUAGUUAAUUAUUUACUUGCCAAUAACUCGUCCCUCUAACAUGAAAGCAUCCACUCAACUUAUCCUGGAUAACCAGUAAGCAAUAUCUACACACAAUUGUGCAUAUCAACAGAGAGAGCAUAAGAAUGAUGAAAACUCAUGGAGGGACUGUCAAAAUGAGUUUUUAAAAUGGUCUUCAUUUACUGUUGAAGAAAAGAUAAGGAUACAAUUAUUCAUUGAUCAGUAGAUUCAUUGUAAACUUCAUCUUCUUCUGAUAAAAAUUUAGUUGGUGACUCUGACAAGAUGUUCUUUUGAAAUUGGAAACUCUUGGUGUCUAUGAGUGUCUCUUUAUACUUACUCGACACCAUAUAUCUAGAGAUUAUCAUUAACUUAAUUAUUAUUAUACUGAAACUUAGAGAUAACUAAUUUUUAUAUUCAUUUUUAGCUCACUACCUAUUAUUUAUUGUAAUGUAAACAUUUGAUCACAUUUAUACCUUAGCAGUGAAAGAAUAUGAAAGAAGCAGAAAAUGGGAUUGAACAUAAAUGAGGAAAAGAUUUAUUGGGAAUAAAAACUGCUUCUUC